AGUUACAGUGCCGCACAUGCCUCUCGACAGAAUCUAAAGGAAAGGAAAUGUAUCAGAUAUUCGAGACGGCUGAUUUUGCAAAAAAGUUAGCGUUAUGCUGUUCGUUGGAGGUUGAUCCCUUAGAUUUAUAUCCUCAACAUGUUUGUGGCAGUUGUUACGAAAAAAUUUUGGAUUUUUAUGAAUUUAAGCUCAUGUGUAGCAAUUCUUUGCAAAAAUAUAAAGAAACGUUAAAUAAACUUCAGAAUAAUGCUGAAAUAAAGCAAGAAGAUGAUCUUCAGCAUUUAUAUGGAGACGAAAAGCCGUUAUAUAGUUUACAUGAAAAACUGCAAGUAGAACUUGUGGAGAUCAAAAGUGAUCUUUUGUUUCAGGGUAAUUUACCUAUCGAAGAAACAACAGAAAUUGAAAUAAUUAGAAAGAAAAAAGGUAAAACGUCCAGAAAGCAAACCAUUGACAAGAUAAUAAUGACAACUGAGGACGCAAAAAGAUCGAGACGUUUAACAAGAUCGAAAAAGAAAGGUAGUAAAAAACAAAUUGUAGAAUCCUCCGAUGAGGAGAUGAGAAAUCAAAAAACUGGCAAACUAAAAGAACAGGAGUGCGUGUCACCAGUUAAAUCUCCUAAAAAGUCGGCAACGUCCAAGCGAGUCUAUAAAUGCGAUUUGUGUGAGGCACGCUUUUUUGUGGAACAUCGACUAAUAGCCCAUAAGCGUAAACACGAAGGUCUUUCACCAUAUCCUUGCACUGUAGAAGGUUGCGAACGCUCCUAUAAUCGUUUGCACAACCUGGAACAACAUUUAAAGGAUCAUAAAGGCGAUAGGCCACGACUUUAUAAGUGCGACGUGGAGAAUUGUGAUCGCGCUUAUAAGACUAAAUCGGCCAUAAAUAUGCAUAAACGUAAAACACAUCAUUUAGGUCCCGCCCUGAAAAAGCAUAUUUGCGAAAUUUGUGGUAAAAUCUUUAAAACUUCAGCCUCCCUCAACGAUCAUAGGUUUUCGCAUAAAAGUGAAGCCGAAUUACCGUUUGCUUGUGAAGAACUUAAUUGUAAUCGUCGGUUUUCGAACAAAGCUAAACUGCAAGUACACAAAAUGAGGCACGCUGGCAUUAAGAACUUUGUUUGUCCUCAUUGUGGCAUGCGCAAAACUACGCGUAAUGAACUGCGCACGCAUCUCAACUAUCAUACUUUAAAGCGUAUUUGGCCGUGCCGUUUCUGUCCGAAAGAGUUUCACAGUGCCAAUAAUUUGAAAAUGCACAUACGCAAUAUGCAUGAGCAGGCAAAAGACUUUGCUUGCCGUUUCUGUGAACGAACUUUCGCCAAACCGGACACUCGAAAAUAUCACGAGAUGACACAUACCGGUGAGAAACCGCACGAAUGUAAAGAAUGCGGUAAACGUUUCACGCAGCCAGCUGCUUUACGUACGCAUAAAAAAGUACACUUGAAGGAGAUUAAACUACAAACAGUUGAGCAAAAUGUUGCUGAAUUGAUGACGGAGCAGAAUAAUACGGAGCCAGAGAAAAUAGGUAAUGACUUGGCCGCCGUAUUUUAGAUAUGAUAUAUAUAUAUGAAUGCUUUAUGUUGAGAAAUGGUUAGCAAACGAAGUUCUUUAUAGCGAAUAAGUAAUACUUUAAGUAGAAUUUAACACUUUUAUAAUUUUUUUGAAAUCAUAAGGUACUACUAAUAAAUAUGCAAUGUAUUGUAAGAUAGGUAAACAUGUUUUGAGGCGAAUGAUCGUCAUUCCAAAAAGGUAUAUAAAACUCGUAAAAUUCUUUAUACCUACGAUACCGAGUAUAUUAGAUUUAGUGCAGAUUUAUAUUGCAUGCAGAUCCUGCGAUAUUAUUUCAAAAUUUGAUCCUUUUCGAAUAUCAGUUUUUCGAGGCAAGGCUAAAUUAUAAACUUGCGGAAGGAUCCAUAUUAACCUUUAGAGAAGGAAAAAUCAGCAUGAGUCAAUCUUAAUGUGCAUAGGUUCUCUUUUCCGCCCGUGUUACCGUUAGGUCAAUGUGUUUUCUCUGGGUUCGCGUAAGGUGUUUACAUUUAUUUUCAAUCUUCCAAUGAUUAGUUUGCCGUUGUAGUUAACGCGACUAAUUGUAAUUUGAAAUGAAUCUAUUUCUGCUUACAGUAAUGUCAGCGGUUAAAAUGAGAAAUUCUAUGUUCCGACCAAUACUUGAUCAGGCAAGAACGCGCAUAGGUUAAUAAAAACUUAUUAAUUACGUGUUGAAAGCAAAGCGUCGUGGAGCCGGAAAGCACACAAGCAACUACUUACCUAGGCCGGCAUUAUCUCAUUGUCCCACAGAUUGAGUUUUUGUCUGAUCUUACCUGGAUGACUAAAAUAUUCAGUUGCCCAUAUAAUGUCUUGUUCUGACAAUUGAACAAAUAUUGUUGUUUUCGGAAUUUCGCAACAAAGAUCGUUAAGUGAUGGUAUUUCGGCAUUCUAAAUUCAUUCGAGAAAUUACGAUUAGAUAGGAAAACUUUUCGAAUUCCUGCUAUGUAAACGUUCCUACGAAAAUUGAAUCUUCAUAUAAUAUUAAAUGUUUCAUAGCGAGAAUUGGUUUAUUAUAAGAAAUUUCACAUGCAAAUUAUCCUUAUUGAAUGUGGACCGCAUUUGUCUAUUUUUCGGAUAUAAUCACAUGUAAGGUUUAUCAUAAAAUAUUGAAAUCUUAUAGGUCAAAAAGGUUUAAUUUUUAAUAAUUUAUGAUGAAAAUUUAUCCAUAUCAAUAGUUUUACAUAAGAAUUAAGUGGACGAAAUUUGAACCACAUGCAUCUAUUUUUUGGUCAUCGUUCCUUAUAAGAGUAAUAUUAAGUUCUUUAGGAAAGGGCAGUAAAAAUUAAUCAUUAAGCAUGGAAUUUGAAUCACACAGAUAUAUUUUUUAGACUCGCACAUAUAUGCAUACAUGGGCUGUCAUGAAAGUCGGCUCUUCUAUAGUGACAAAAGAAAUUGAAAAAUAUUCAAAUUUUCCACAAAUAUGUCUCCAACAUAUGGUCGGCCUUUUUGUUUUAUUUUGAACCCCGAUUGUAAAUAAUCAAAAUGAUUUCUACUUAUAGAAAGGGAAGUAUUACCUGUAAGUAAUGAUUUUCUCUAUUCAAAGAAUGGAUUGAUUAAUAAUGAAAUUAAUAACAAUAAAAAAAACUGAUGACUCAGAGGCGAUUUUUCUGAAAGACUCUGCACUCUAUAUUACGCAUAUAUAUUGAAGUGGAAAUAAGGAAAAACUUUUGAAUGAAAAUUAAGUAUUAGUUGUAGUGAAUAUAAGUCGGCAGACUAUACACAAUUUAAAACUAAUGUGAAUAGAUUGUACAUAAGAGAUUGUGAGUGCAUUAUAAAUGAAAAAGAAUCGACAUUGAAAGCCAGCAGACCAGAACAAGCGAGCAGAGGAGGCGGAGGAG